AGUUCCUUGUUGAUGUAUGUAUCUUCAAUAAACUCACCUUCUCACCAAGGCAAAGAGACUUAUUUCUCUGUUUGAUACGGGAUCAGGCUGGCCUGACUAUUUAGAACCGUGUUUUCUAACGGUAACAACUGGCGACCACGAAGGGACCCCUGCUGCCUUUAGUGCAGCCCUGAUCCAUGUCUCGUCGGCUGUGGGGCUCCCCUGGGCCCCUCGGCCCUGUGCCUAGCAGCUACCCAGGAAUUUUUCCUGGAGGACCGGGACUGGAGAGUCCAGGUAGAGGCGACUGCCGUGGAUGAACCAGACGCAUCUGGGUGAAGGUGACUUUGCAGUGGAGACUUUCCCUGUGCUGGGUUGACUGACUUAUGUGCAAAUUGGGACACUGGAGCUUUCCUUCCCUCUCCAGACUGGAACGGACCCUCCUUUGGUGUUGCAAGAAGGAGGCUGAAUGAGGCAGAGAGGGGUAUGGGAUUUUCCCCUCCUCUCUGGGAUGCUCUAGAAUGAAGGGCCCUGCCCUCUCCUGGCCCAGCAUGGCUGCCAAGGGGACCGCAUCCCACCCUCACCCCUGGUGACAACCUCUCGCGUUAUUGGAAGAGCCAGGAGAGGACCGAGAGACUGUGACUGGGCUGUACGACAAGACCGUCUGAGCUCUGUCCGGGAGGCCGAGUUAGAGCGGCUGGAGGCAGCAAGACCCCGAGGACUGGGGAGCAGGGAGCAGGGCCUGGUGCUGAGGAUGGCCAGGCCGCCGCCACCCUGGCUUCACGCAGCCUUCCUCCUCCUCUGGCUCCUCAGCCUUGGCAGGGCCAUCGAGAUUCCUAUGGACCCAAGCAUUCAGAAUGAGCUGUCCCAGCCCCCCACCAUCACCAAGCAGUCCGUGAAGGACCACAUCGUGGAUCCCCGUGACAACAUCUUGAUUGAGUGUGAAGCAAAGGGGAACCCUGCCCCCAGCUUCCACUGGACUCGCAACAGCAGAUUCUUCAACAUCGCCAAGGACCCCCGGGUGUCGAUGAGGAGACGGUCUGGGACCCUGGUGAUUGACUUCCGCAGUGGCGGGCGGCCCGAGGAAUACGAGGGGGAGUACCAGUGCUUUGCCCGGAACAUAUUUGGCACGGCCCUGUCCAAUAGGAUCCGCCUGCAGGUGUCCAAAUCUCCCCUGUGGCCCAAGGAAAACCUAGACCCUGUUGUGGUUCAGGAAGGCGCCCCCCUGACACUCCAGUGCAACCCCCCGCCUGGACUUCCGUCCCCAGUCAUCUUCUGGAUGAGCAGCUCCAUGGAGCCCAUCACCCAAGACAAGCGUGUCUCCCAGGGCCAUAACGGAGACCUGUAUUUCUCUAACGUGAUGGUGCAGGACAUGCAGACGGACUACAGCUGCAAUGCCCGCUUCCACUUUACCCACACCAUCCAGCAGAAAAACCCCUUCACACUCAAGGUCCUCACCAACCACCCCUAUAAUGACUCGUCCUUAAGAAACCCCCCUGACAUGUACAGUGCCCGAGGAGUUGCAGAAAGAACACCCAGCUUCAUGUACCCUCAGGGCACGGCCAGCAGUCAGAUGGUGCUUCGCGGCAUGGACCUCCUGCUGGAGUGCAUUGCCUCUGGGGUCCCAACACCAGACAUCGCAUGGUACAAGAAAGGCGGGGACCUCCCAUCUGACAAGGCCAAGUUUGAGAACUUUAACAAGGCUCUGCGUAUCACCAAUGUCUCCGAGGAGGACUCUGGGGAGUAUUUCUGUCUGGCCUCCAACAAGAUGGGCAGCAUCCGGCACACGAUCUCGGUGAGAGUAAAGGCUGCUCCCUACUGGCUGGAUGAACCCAAGAACCUCAUCCUGGCUCCUGGGGAGGAUGGCAGACUGGUGUGUCGAGCCAAUGGGAACCCUAAACCCACUGUCCAGUGGAUGGUGAAUGGGGAACCUUUGCAGUCGGCACCACCCAACCCAAACCGGGAGGUGGCUGGAGACACCAUCAUCUUCCGUGACACCCAGAUCAGCAGCAGGGCCGUGUACCAGUGCAACACCUCCAAUGAGCAUGGCUACCUGCUGGCCAACGCCUUCGUCAGCGUGCUGGAUGUGCCACCUCGGAUGCUGUCGCCCCGGAACCAGCACAUCAGGGUGAUCCUUUACAACCGAACACGGCUGGACUGCCCAUUCUUUGGAUCCCCUAUCCCCACACUCCGAUGGUUUAAGAAUGGGCAAGGAAGCAACCUGGAUGGUGGCAAUUACCACGUCUAUGAGAAUGGCAGCCUGGAAAUUAAGAUGAUCCGCAAAGAGGACCAAGGCAUCUACACCUGUGUCGCCACCAACAUCCUGGGCAAGGCUGAAAACCAAGUCCGCCUGGAGGUCAAAGACCCCACCAGGAUCUUUCGGAUGCCUGAGGACCAGGUGGUCAAGAGGGGCACCACUGUGCAGCUGGAAUGUCGCGUGAAGCACGACCCCUCCCUGAAACUCACAGUCUCCUGGCUGAAGGACGACGAGCCACUCCAUAUUGGAAGCAGGAUGAAGAAGGAAGACGACUCCCUGACCAUCUUCGGCGUAGCUGAGCGGGACCAGGGCAGUUACACGUGCAUGGCCAGCACCGAGCUGGACCAAGACCUGGCCAAGGCCUCCCUCACUGUGCUAGCUGAUCAGGCCACUCCAACUAACCGUUUGGCUGCUCUGCCCAAAGGACGGCCGGACCGACCCCGGGACCUGGAGCUCACCGACCUGGCUGAGAGGAGUGUGAGGCUGACCUGGAUCCCAGGGGAUGAUAACAACAGCCCCAUCACAGACUAUGUCAUCCAGUUUGAAGAGGACCAGUUCCAGCCAGGGGUCUGGCAUGACCAUUCCAAGUUCCCAGGCAGCGUCAACUCAGCCAUCCUCCAGUUGUCCCCAUAUGUCAACUACCAGUUCCGGGUCAUUGCCGUCAACGAGGUUGGGAGCAGCCACCCUAGCCUCCCCUCCGAGCGCUACCGAACCAGUGGAGCAGCCCCUGAGUCCAAUCCCUCGGAUGUGAAGGGAGAGGGGACCAGAAAGAACAACAUGGAGAUCACGUGGACGCCUAUGAAUGCCACCUCUGCCUUUGGUCCCAACCUGCGCUACAUUGUCAAGUGGCGGCGGAGAGAGACUCGAGAGACCUGGAACAACGUCACAGUGUGGGGAUCCCGCUAUGUGGUCAGCCAGACCCCUGUCUACGUGCCCUAUGAAAUCCGAGUCCAGGCCGAAAAUGACUUUGGGAAGGGCCCUGAGCCAGACACUGUCAUCGGUUAUUCUGGAGAAGAUUAUCCCAGAGCCGCACCAACUGACAUUAAAAUCCGGGUCCUGAACAGCACAGCCAUCAGCCUUCAGUGGAACCGCGUCUACUCCGACACGGUCCAGGGCCACCUCAGAGAGUACCGAGCCUACUACUGGAGGGAGAGCAGCUUGCUGAAGAAUCUGUGGGUGUCUCAGAAGAGACAGCAAGCCAGCUUCCCUGGUGACCGUGGCACCCGUGGCGUGGUGUCCCGCCUCUUCCCCUACAGUAACUACAAGCUGGAGAUGGUUGUGGUCAAUGGGAGAGGCGAUGGGCCUCGCAGUGAAACCAAGGAGUUCCCCACCCCGGAAGGAGUACCCAGUGCCCCCAGGCGUUUCCGCAUCCGGCAGCCCAAUCUGGAGACAAUCAACCUGGAAUGGGAUCACCCGGAACACCCCAAUGGGAUCCUGACUGGAUAUACUCUCAGAUACGUGGCCUUUAAUGGAACCAAAUUGGGAAAGCAGAUAGUGGAAAACUUCUCUCCCAAUCAGACCAAGUUCACAAUACAGAGAGCAGACCCCGUGUCGCGCUACCGCUUCACCCUCGGUGCCAGGACGCAGGUGGGCUUUGGGGAAGCAGUCACAGAGGAGUCGCCAGCACCCCCGAAUGAAGCUACUCCAACUGCAGCUCCUCCCACGUUGCCCCCGACCACCGUGGGUGCGACGGGUGCAGUAAGCAGUGCUGAAGCUACUGCUGCUGCUGCCAGCACCGAGGCCACGGCCGCCCCCAUCAUCCCAACUGUCGUACCCACCACCGUGGCCGCCACCACCGUCGCCACGACUACUACAACCACUGCUGCCACCACCACCAUGGAGAGUCCUCCCACCACCAGGACUAAGAUUCACGAACCGGCCCCCGAUGAGCAGUCCAUAUGGAACGUCACAGUGCUCCCCAACAGUAAAUGGGCCAACAUCACCUGGAAGCACAAUUUCGGGCCCGGAACUGACUUUGUGGUUGAGUACAUCGACAGCAACCAUACGAAAAAAAUUGUCCCUGUUAAGGCCCAGACCCAGCCUAUACAGCUGACAGACCUCUCUCCCGGGAUGACAUACACGUUGCGGGUUUAUUCCCGGGACAACGAGGGCAUCAGCAGUACCGUCAUCACCUUUAUGACCAGUUCAGCUUACACCAACAACCAGGCGGACAUCGCCACGCAGGGCUGGUUCAUCGGGCUCAUGUGCGCCAUUGCCCUGCUGGUGCUGAUCCUGCUCAUCGUCUGCUUCAUCAAGAGGAGCCGAGGCGGGAAGUACCCAGUACGAGAAAAAAAGGAUGUUCCUCUUGGCCCCGAAGACCCCAAAGAAGAAGAUGGCUCAUUUGAUUAUAGUGAUGAAGACAACAAGCCCCUGCAGGGCAGCCAGACAUCCCUGGACGGCACCAUUAAGCAGCAGGAGAGUGACGACAGCCUGGUGGAUUAUGGCGAGGGUGGCGAGGGGCAGUUCAAUGAGGAUGGCUCCUUCAUUGGCCAAUACACAGUCAAAAAGGACAAGGAGGAGACAGAGGGCAAUGAAAGCUCAGAGGCCACAUCACCUGUCAACGCCAUCUAUUCUCUGGCCUAACAGCCCACAAGGCACAGUCACUAUUUUGCAACUGGGAAGAGGGGAAAAAGGGAGACAAAGCCGCUGCAGAAGAUGACAAAACCACCACCACCUUCAGGGACAAGGGCACAGUAUGGGGGUCUGCUGGGUUAUGAGGACCAGCGGCUGCCCAGCCAACCACUAGUCACCUCCCCAUGACCCUACCUGCACCCCUAGGGGGCCACCAGCAUGGCAGAGCCAGAGCCCUGGCUAAGCUCAGCUGGAGGGACUCACAUCCCAUGCUGAGCUCCACAGCCACCGUGAGCUCUCCCCCCACCUACCCUUGACCUCGGCACACUCUCACCAAUUUCCUCCUGGUUAUGGUACUCUUCAUUGUCUUUAUUUUUGCUUUGUGCAUUUUGCCCUCCAGACCCAAUGUCUCCAUUUUGUUUGCUUUUUGGAGAAGUGUCCCUGGAAAAGAAAGAAUAGAUGGAUUCUCCCCCCAGGAAGCUGCAAAGAUGGGCAAACAGGAUGGAUCAGUAACAGAGCAUAUAGAAAAGCCGUAGUGUUCAAACCGCCGCUGGGCCAAUGUAUUUCCGAAGGAUGCCUUUCUCGCCAUAUGCCUCCCCAUGCUCCCCACCUAUCCGCCACAGCCUUGUCAGUUGCUGAGCUGGGCUUGGCUCCUUCUGGAAAAUGACAGUAUUUUUGGCAGGGAGAGGGUGGGCAGGCCUCCUUCCCUCUCUCUGGUUCAAUUGGGAGGUGGGUUUACCUCUGGCUCCCUGCUCUUACCCUGCCCCUUCCUCCAGAGUAUCCGAGACACAAGCUGCAAAAAAAGAAAUUUGAAGGAACAGGAGUGGGCACUGAAGGUAAAGGACUCCAGCUUCAGUGAUUGUGUACCUUGAGCAGAAGUAAAUCAGGCGUUUGCUCCCCGAGCUGUGCUCACCUCUCAAGAGAGAAUCAGAAGGCUCUGGAAUUGGACUUCCUUCCUCCUCACUGAUGUAACCAGUCAUGUAGGGGAGAGGACUACAUCCACUAAGUCCAGAACUGAGGGUACCCCCGCCACCUGGCCAGGGAUCUACACUGAUACCCUAAAGCAGAUGGAACCCUGUGAUGUAAAAAAGCUUUGCUGAUAUAUUUGGGGGUGUAAAGCACUGCUCCCCCUUUCAUCUCUAGCACAGCAGAUAUCAUCUCCUCUGUCAGUUCAGUAUGACGUGGAAACUUGUGUUUUACACAGUGUGUGGAUGGGGACCUGCAGCCCCCAAGACUGAACCCGUCUGUCCUUUCAUUGGGGUAUUCCAUGUCGGGAGACCCUGAGGUGACACCGCGUGGCCUGGGGUUGACUCAAUGUUCUUUGUAUGCCUUACGCAGCUGUGAUCUGUCCCUGGGGUUCCCAGGUUCCCAGCCCCUCCCUGCAAGCCUUGAAGCCUCCAGAGAUGUGUGUCUCGAGGAGAAUGGGGCGGCCUAUGCAAGUAUCCCGGCAGAACCAGAACAGCCACCCACCAGACACCCUGCAACCCGUGGCCCCAAAGGGAGACACUCACAGGCCUGCAGUUCUCAGAGACCGAAGGUGCUGCCUUCACCCUCCCCACCUAAUCCAGUUUUGAAACCAAAGGUACCUAGCCUCAGAGAAAAAGAGAGAGAAGAAUCUGGAGCCCAAGAGUAAUCCUUCACCUGUUUGUGCAGCUAGAGUCAGGUUCAGGAGGGUGAAACUGACCCCCAAAUGGACCACCUGCCACAGGCACAACCUGUUGUGGAGGUUGGAGCCUCCAGCUGCUUGCCGGGGGGCCUGUGUCCUGAGACUACAUUAAAGCUUCAUUUGCCACAUGUUUAAGCCACAGAGGUAUUAGCAAUGCUUGCACCACUUAAUGAUCAUUCAGUUGAAGGAUGAGCCCAUAGACGCAUGCAUUCACUCCAUCUGCAGGUAAGAGACUGUAGCCGAGAGCUGAGCCAAUUACAUUGUUUGAACCUGAGAGUGAGUAGCUGUCCUUUGGCCCAAGCAGUGGCAGGCCCGACAGGCCCUGGAAGCCCGAGGGACAGCUCUCUCAUGUGAAAGGGAACAGGGUAAAUUACAGAGGCUGGGGAGCGAGCUCAGGGGUCCUCUCACCUGGGUUUCCUCCAACACCUGCUGGGGUGCAGCUGGGCAUUCCUGCAGCCUACGUCUGCUAGCCCUGAAGGGAGUGUUGGGGAAGUGUGCCAGGGAGCUGGUAUACAGGACUGGCCUUCCUAGAAAACACCCCGAUCUGAGCAGAGGAGUCAGUCUCUCAGGCACUUGUACCACACUGCACUGUAUGCGCUAGUGAACUCAUCGCCCCGAAACAGGUUCUUGGGGCGGGGAGAGAUGUUAGAUGCCAUCGCCCCCGUCCCCCUGCCUCUAGGAGAGUCUGCGCACAAACUGAUGACUGGGCAAAGGACUCUCCUGUCUUUAAGAAUCUUGGGGAGAGUUUAAGUUUAUGAUUAUGAAAUAAAAAGUUACAUUAUCCUCCCCCUUCCAAGAGUCUUGGGGAGAGGUGAGUCCUCAGACUGUUUUGUCCCUCGUUCCAGUGUUCUGCCAGUCUGUAACAUCCUCCUUCGUGUAUGAAGAUAAUGCCAUUAGCCCCUCUCAAGGGCUGUUAUGCUGUUCUGCUGUGAGCACUGAGAACCGUUCAGUCUGUCUCCCUCUUCUACCACACGAUUGCAGCUCUCCCAGCAGGAGCAAAUCUGGGGCUGAAGACCAAGUUUUCCCAUCAAAGAUGGCAGGUGCUUAGAGAGACCAAACUUGGGUGCAUGGGCAAGCAAGGGAAAGGAGGCUAGUCCACCCCACUCAGCAGGAAAGCAGUAUUGUCCAGCCAUCCCUGCCAGCUGGGGCUCUCAAGCAACCACUCCAAGACAUACCAACAAUGAUGCCAGGACUGGGUGAUGGCCCUGGUGCUUUGGCCUGACUGGCUGGGGGAAAGAGUCAUCUUGCUGUGACUCUAGAAGUUCAUUGGCCGUGCUACAAUCCCACCUAUUGUACUUGAGCUCAUUUGUCUAUUCAUUCAUUCAGCACAUACUCUCUGAGCAUCUAGUCUGAGCCAUGCCCUGAGCCAGGCUGCAGGGAUACCAAGAGUGAAGGGUGGCCUCUGCCCCAUGGGGCUCUCUGUCUUGGAACUGAGUCUUGGGGCCCAGUGGGCACUGAGUGGUGACCCCUCUGAUCUCUCAGGGCUUAAGCUUCCAAUGGCUCCAAUCUUGAAGGGAGAGGCGUCAGAGGGAGACCUUGGGCCAGCCGGUCGGCAGGGCUGGGUAGGAUAGUACAGUCAAGGCCCAGAGGGUGGGACAAAGGCUGAGGGUGGGUCCUGCUCCCUGAGCCCUCUUUGCUGUGCCCCCUGAAGCAAAGUUGCUUAACCUGUCUGUGUUUUGGUGCCUCUGUCUCCCCCAUUCAGUCCUCUUUUGAAUACCUCUCCCCACAGAGGGGCCCAGGAGCACUUAAGGAGUGGGAAAGCCAGUGUUUGGGGAGCACAUCACCACAAGGUCAAGGGAGAAUUGCCCCCCACCCUGCCUGGGUUUGGUGAAUGGACCCGUCUUUCUCCACCUGGCUUUGGAGGAGAUGGUCGAGUUUAAGCUUCCCCAUCUCCCUUGCCCUGAGAUUUCCGAGGCAUCUGGUCCACUCCCUUUCUGGCAAGCUUUGAGUGAGCACAUGACUGAUAUUGCCCACCCUGUGAGGGGCAUCUGCAACCUGGGCCCAGAUAUUGCUUUCAUAUUUUUCCCAGACACAGCCUAGGAAAGUGGGUCAAAAGAGAUCUGAGAAUGUUUGUGGGGUUUCUGGCUAAGGGAUAACCUUCCCUUUCCACCCAGCAUGAACGUGCAUGUGUGUACACACACGUGUUUGCACACACAGAUACACACAGCAGAUUGCAGCCCCAGUACUCUCAGGGGGUGACAAUCCAGAUGAUUACACUUGAGAUGAGUUCCAAAGGACAGUAUGUGGGGAUGGUGCCCAGCCUGGUGGGAAAGAGGCCACCCAGGUUGGAGGCUCUAUUUGGGUGAUUUCAGUAGGCAGAACCUAAGGAGAGAGUCUGAUCCAAAAGGAGAGGGAAACUCUCUCCCCAGAAACAGUAUGAGCAGUGGCUCUCCACGCCACUUCCUGGAGCCCAUACAUUGGAGCAGGGUGAAUUCUUAGGGCAUCUCAAACAGCCCAUUUGCUGGAAACAGUAGGGAUUUAACACGUUUUUCCCACAAUCUUUGUAAGGCUGCUUCACUAAAAGUGAAAAGAUGAAACUCCUCGGGCCUUCUGUAUGCUGUGCCUGGUGUCAGAGCCUCCUGCGGUGCCACCCGAGCACCCACUGCUCCCCACUAGUCUGGCACCAUGGUGUCAAGUGGCCCAAUCACCACCCCAGCCAGCCCCUGCCAAACACACACCCACCCAUGGGUGUGGGUAGGCCCACCCAGUUAGAUCCACUAGGUCUAACCUCCCUCUCUACCAAAGCAGAGGAUCCUGGUUGAGCUGUGCCUUGUGGGACAGGAGUAGCACGAAGGAGGCUCCCUGAUUAAAAAUUAAAAUCAGAGAGAAGAGUCAAACUAAUGAAGCCUGGAGUCGGAAGUGUCAGGAGGAUGUUCAGUGCCCCGGGAGACAUAGGCAGGUCCAACAGAGCCCAGUUCCUGGAAAGUCCCCUCCCUUAAACCAGGAAGGGACUACCCCCAGGUGAGUUCAAACCAGACUUUGUGGCUGCCCCCAUCCUGCACAGCCCAAGCCCGGGACAGUGCCCUUUCCUCCCCUACUACGAUAGGUUCAGAGAAGGAGGGAAAGGAGGACAACCAUCCAGGAGAGCCAGGAGACCCCACCAAACAGUAUCUCGAGCCACACCCAACCCAAUGAUCCUCUCAUCAGUAUAGUAGUAUUAUGUGGAUGCUCCAUAAUGUUGAGGAUGGAAAUGAAAGGGGUACAAAGGCUUAGAACAAAAUCAGAUUUCAGCUUGGGAAGGAACCACAGAGCUGACUGAAUUGACUCAUCGUGCAGGCAAGGAAACGAAAACCCAGGAUGGUUAAGGGGCUUGCCCAAGAUCACACACCUAGUGAAUGGUAAAGGCUUGAACUUGAACCUUCUGACUCCUUGUCCAGUGUUCUUUCCUCUCACCACAGCUGCCUCCUUUGAAGCAAAGGUAUUGCUUAAGAUCUGUCCUGCUGGUUGACCCUCUUGUACCUCUUUACCACUUCUCCCACAUCGUCUAUAUGCUCCCAGAAUGAAAGGAUUUUUUCUGAGUCCAAGAUCGGUUAGUGUGUGACAGCCUGUGGGUAACCCAGCCAUGUAGUUAAGGGCAGGCCCAGGCCGGUAGAGUAGAAUGAUGAGCUGAGUGGUGUUUGUUCCUGUGAAAUCUAGACUGUGCUCAUUAGAAUGGUGUCUCUUGCUUUGUAACACAUUGGCCCUUAGCACGUGUUCUCGGAAGUAAGGGUGUGGAGGGGUCCGUCCGCCCCCCCACCCUUGGCCACAGGGUGCGAGGGGCAGCAGGGCCCGGGAAAGCUCUGCCACCCUGGGAUUUUGGCAGAUGUAAAGACUUCAUUUAAGCAAUAAACACAAAAAUCUGGGAGAAGAAAUCCAGACUUUUGUGUACUACUCUGUUUCUUUUUCAAAAACAAUACAAAUCUUAUGGCCCCACCCUGCUCUUUUUUCUGAGUCCCGAGUCCUCAGUGUUGGCCCUCUGCCCGGCGCCCCCGCUCUUUGCCAACUUCUUCACACUCCUCUCGAACUGAGCAUCAGUCGCCUGGGGCACGGCUGCCUUCUGUCCUGGCCCCACCCCCAACCCGAGUGGACCCUGGAGGACCUCAUCCCCUCCCCUCCAUUCCAAUUUGUUCUUUUCAGUGGGGAAAGUCUUUCUUCCCUUGGUCUCCAUCCUUUCCCACACACCCACAAAUUGGUCUGAUCAUUUUUCAUCGGUUGAAUGUUUAACUUCCCAUGGCAGACCUUGUUUUAACCCCUCUCACAUCGUGUCCUUUCCUUUUGGUGAGUUAUUUUGCAUUAACCAACUCUGUCAGCGACAGAUGCGUAUCUGAGGGCACCGCGCGGCCUUCAGCGGGGAAGGCCUCCGGGCCGUGGAGGACCGCCUAACACGCAGACUCACAAACCGACUGCAUGAGCAACGACAAGGCCAAGUUAUUCAGAAUUUUUUUUUGAAUCACUGUAAAAAAACUGAUUUUUUUUGUAUAGAGAACACUAAACGUAUAAUAAAAAUUGUUCAAAAUGGA